AUGGCGGAGCUGGCCGAACUGCUGGAGGGUCACGUCUCCGUGGCUCUGGCGCACCGCGGCCUUCAGCCCUGGCGCCUGCGCCAAGAAGAAAGGCGCCUCUAUGGACCCCGGCUUGCGGCGAUGAGCAGCACCUGUGCCUCGGUGAAGCUGCGUGGGCGAACGAGCGCCACACGGCUGCGUCUCCACGCGGAGGUGACGAGUCCGGAGUCGAUGGCAGUCGACCUGGAGGUCUUGAAGCGAACUGCUGGUCCCUUGGAGUAUGAGCUCUACCUGGAUGGUCGUUUCUUCCAGCGCCACGUGGCCGGUGACGCAGCCGGUGCGGCCGCCGAGAACGCGCACGUGGUCGAAUUCCAGCUACCGCAUGGAGAGAAGCUACUAGAGCUAUGGUUGCCCUGCUCAGUGCCCCUGACCCUGCUCUCCUUAGAGACUGAUGGGCCCUCCGUCUCGCCGGUGGAUGAUGAUCGUCCGGUCUGGAUUUGCUAUGGCAGCUCCAUCACACAUGGAGGGCCCAGUGGAUCUUCAGCUAGCAACAGUUGGCCAGCGCUGCUGGCGCGGGCAGCCCAUUUCAAGCUCCUCAACCUGGGCUUCGGGGGCGAGUGUUACCUGGACCCCGCCGUGGCCUUUGUGAUUCGCGACGCUCCCUGUGAGCUCAUCACUUUGGAGGUCGGCAUCAACAUUCAAACAACGGCGGCCAUGAACAAGCGGACCUUCCCUGCUGCCGUCUAUGGCUUCAUCCACAUCAUCCGUGAAAAGCACCGCACGGUGCCCAUUGUGGUGAUCUCACCCUUGCGCUACGAACCGCUGGAAGCACGCGCUCCAGUUGGGACGUCAGAGUUCAUGUCGUUGCAAGAGCUGCGAGCAAGCUUGUUCUCCUGCGUGGAGACCCUCAUUGAGCUUGGUGAUCAGAAUAUUUUCUACUGUGAUGGCUUGGAGCUGCUACAUGAGCCCGAGCUCUUCUUCGAUGGGCUGCAUCCUGGCCCCAGAGGUCAAAGGAGGAUCGUGGAGCGGCUUUGGCCCACGCUCCGGCCGCUCGUGGGUGCGAGCACCCAGGAGCACUUCGAGCUGCCCGAAGAGCUGCCCAGCGAGGCCAAUGAGCUCACAGGCGCCUAUGUGGUGGACAUGCCAGGGGAGGGAAGAUCUCGCAUGGUGCUCCAGCUCCAUCGGUCGCAGCUGGUGGCGCUCAGCGAGCGCCGCGACUGGCCUCCGGCUCCGCUGCAGCGACGUGAUGACUUCGUGUUCGUUCUGAACAUGCCUGGAGUUUGGGGGCAGGUGAAGGAGAAAGCGAUCACCUUCAGCAACGGAGUGCUGUGUGGCAUCGCCAGUCUGUGCAACUGUGUGGAGAAAAAAACAGAUCCUGCCGGGCGGCAGGAUCUGUCCGAGACUUUGGGCGAUGGCAUCAGGUGCGCGCCGUACUUCGCGGUCCCUCGUGCUGACGAAUCGUGGCCGCGGUCGGCCGCGCUCGGCCGAGUGGCCGUCCGCUCGAGAGAGGCGGAGCGCGGCCGGCCAUCGCGGAGCGCAGGAUGGGUGGAUUUGUUCUUGGAGCGCGGCCUGUGA